AUCCUCUCGCGAGGGGGGAGAGCAGGGAGGGUCCCCCCUAAGGAAGGGGUGUCACACCGCCCCGCGUUGCCCUGGUGGUCCCGGGCGCCCACCCCGCGGGCAGGGCCGGCCGGCCGAGCGGGCACCGACGGCACGGGCCGCCCCGACCCCCCCCCAGGGGCAGCGCCGGGGCCGGGAGCUGCGCGGUGGCGCCCCGGGGGGAGGUGCCGAGCCGUGCCCCGCGCCGCGGCGGCCGCCCCACGGGCGGCGGUAAUCCCAUCAAGGGCCGGAGCCAGCCUCCUCCCCCCUUCCCUCCCCUCCCGUCCCUCCCUGGCCGCCGCGGGUGCGUGCCCCGCCGCUCCGCUCCGCGCCGGCCCCGCAGCCCCGCUCCCCGCCCGGCUGCCGCUCAGGGGGAACGCGCGGCGGCGACCCUCGCCCGUGGCCACCGGCCACCGGCCCCCGCUUCCCGGCUCGGGCGGCGGCGGGGGAACGCGGCGCACAUGGAGGUGCCGGGGCACUGCCGCCGCCGCUGCCUCGCCUCGCUGCUGCUCCUGGCUUCGUGCAUCGGGUGCGCGGCGGCGCCGCCGCGGAGGAGCAUCCCCCGCCGGCAAGACAGACUGGGACCUCCUCUUGAUAUACUGCUGGAUUCGCUGAACUGCACAGCGUUCAGUGUGCAAUGGAGGAUGCCAAAGCAGCAUGCAAGCACCAUCACAGGAUAUACGGUCUUUUACUCAGAGGUUGAAGAUAACAAAGCAGUUAAACAGCUCUCACAUGAUGUUCCCCUGAGUUUGGAUAUGCUUAACAUGGGUCAACUUGAAGGACAAGCAAUUUUUGAAGUUGUUAUCGGUGAUCUGAAGCCAGGCGUUCCACACCGUGUUAGUGUUGGAGCAUAUGGCUGGGCAGGGAAAGGACGACCCAGCAUGCCCAGAGAUGUGACAACUUUAUCCCAAGAUAAGUGCAUGCCCCCUGCACCACCCUAUCAGCCCCAGGUCGUGGUAGUUUCUGAUUCAGAAGUUGCUUUGUCCUGGAAGCCCGGAGUGAGUGAAGGAAGUUCUCCCAUCCAGUACUACACAGUGGAGUUUAUCAGGCCAGACCUUGACAGCAAUUGGACGGUAAUAAGACAGCAGAUCCAGAUGGAGUCCAUGGUUCUCAAAGGACUUGUCCCAAACACCAAGUAUCAGUUUGCCGUCCGAGCAACAAACUCCUAUGGAUCCAGCCCUGCCAGUGCCCCAAGUGAUGUCAUCCGAAUGUUCAGCUCUGAGGAGUUAGGAAGUGGAAGCUAUGGCCAUCAGUAUAUCACGGACACAGUGACUGGUGAUGAUGAUGGAUUUGAUAUUGAUGACUCAGACUACGACAUUUACAUAGAGGAGCUCAGACCGCUUCCUGCUAUUAAAGGAGGCAACAGAAAAUUUCUGGUUGAAACUAAGGUCCCACCAGGGUCUAGUUCCAGGCUCCUGUCACGGGUCCUUACAACAACUUCUGAGCCCACUACUUCCACUCCCACCACCACACGACCUUCAACUACACCGAGGGCAACUACAGCUCGGGCAGCAAGGCGGGGCAGCAUGUCUUCUGCCGCACGCUUCUUUGAUCUUUCCUGUGAUGAGACCAUCUGUUCUGCAGACAGCUUUUGCAUCAACGACUAUGACCGUGGUGGCUCACGCUGCCACUGCAACUUGGGAAAAGGAGGAGAGACAUGUACAGAAGAUAUUAUUAUCCAGUAUCCUCAGUUCUCUGGCUACUCAUACAUCACCUUUGAACCACUUAAAAACUCCUAUCAGACAUUUCAAAUUACCCUUGAAUUCAGGGCAGAAUCAGAAGAUGGUUUGCUGCUAUACUGUGGAGAAAAUGAACACGGCCGUGGUGAUUUUAUAUCUCUGGCAAUCAUCCGGCGUAGCCUCCAGUUCAGGUUCAACUGUGGCACUGGAGUUGCAGUCAUAACGAGUGAAAACAAAAUCAAGCUGGGGAACUGGCACAGCAUCACACUGUUCAGAGACGGGGUGAAUGGCUGGCUCAGGAUGGACAACGAUGCUCCAGUGACAGGAAGGUCUCAGGGCCAGUAUAGUAAAAUCACAUUCCAGACUCCUUUCUACGUUGGUGGUGCCCCCAGCGUGUACUGGCUGGUCAGAGCCACAGGCACCAACCGUGGUUUUCAGGGCUGCGUUCAGUCACUCAGCAUCAACGGGAAGAUAAUUGAUAUGAGGCCCUGGCCAUUAGGGAAAGCUCUCAGUGGUGCUGAUGUCGGUGAGUGUAGCAGUGGCAUCUGUGAUGAGGCGUCCUGCAUCAACAGUGGUACCUGUACUGCAAGCAAAGCAGAUUCAUACAUUUGCCUUUGCCCUCUUGGAUUUAAAGGACAUCAUUGUGAAGAAGCACUCACCUUGGCCAUACCUCAGUUCAACGAGUCCUUAAGGUCAUUUGCUAGCACACCCUGGCCCUUGGAACCACAGAAUUACCUUUCCUUCAUGGAGUUUGAGAUGACGUUUCGUCCAGAUUUAGAGACUGGUGUCCUUUUGUACAGCUACGACACAGACAGCAAGGAUUUCCUCUCCAUUAACUUGGUGGCUGGUUACGUGGAGUUCAGGUUUGACUGUGGCUCAGGAACGGCUGUUAUCAGGAGUGAAGAACCUGUCAGUCUGGGUCAGUGGCAUGAACUGCGAGUGUCUCGCACAGCGAAGAAUGGCAUCCUGCAAGUGGACAAACAAAAGCCAGUGGAAGGGAUGGCAGAGGGGGCUUUCACACAGAUUAAGUGCAGCUCGGAAAUAUUUAUUGGCGGAGUCCCUAGUUAUGAUGCUGUGAAGAAGAACUCUGGGAUCCUCAAACCCUUCAGUGGGAGCAUCCAGAAGAUUAUCUUGAAUGACUGGACAAUCGAUGUGAAACAGGAUUUCACUUUUGGAAUCAACCUAGCAAAUGCUGCCCACCCCUGUGUGAGCUCACCAUGUGCAAAUGGGGGCACCUGCGUUCCCAAGAAGGACAACUAUGAAUGUGACUGUCCCCUGGGCUUUGAUGGGCAACAUUGCCAAAAAGAGUGUGGAAGUUACUGCCUAAAUGCCAUUACAGAAGCAAUUGAAAUCCCGCAAUUUAUUGGUCGCAGUUACCUCACAUAUGAUAAUCCAGAUAUCCUGAAAAGGGUAUCAGGAUCAAGAACAAAUGUGUUCAUGAGGUUUAAAACCACAAUGAAGGAAGGUCUUUUGAUGUGGAGGGGAGAUGGUCCCAUGCGACCUAACAGUGACUUUAUUUCUCUGGGCCUGCAAGAAGGAGCAUUAAUAUUCAGCUACAAUUUGGGCAGCGGCAUUGCAUCCAUCACAGUGAAUGGCUCUUUCAGCGAUGGCCGGUGGCACAGAGUCAAGGCUGUUCGGGAUGGACAAUCUGGCAAAGUAACCGUGGAUGAUUACGGUGCCAGGACUGGUAAAUCCCCUGGGAAGAUGAGGCAGUUAAAUAUCAAUGGGGAUCUCUAUGUAGGUGGCAUGAAGGAAAUAGCCCUGCACACGAACAGGCAGUACAUGCGGGGCCUGGUGGGCUGCAUCUCCCACCUCACGCUUUCAACUGAUUACCACAUCUCGCUGGUGGAGGAUGCCACUGAUGGGAAGAACAUCAACACAUGUGGGACCAAGUGACAAGAGAGGAAUCCUGGUGCUGAGGACCUAUCGUGUGCUUGUGUGUGUGGCUGAACGUGAGCUGGCUGCCAGAGCCCUUUACAGCCAGCCCACAUUCACCAUCUGGGAAGGUGACAGAGCCAAAGGGACCCACGCCCCCCACCACGUCCCCCCCCCCAAAAAAAACC